GUCUGUACAUGACUGUGCUGGCUUAUAUUUACGUCGAUGAAGAUACGACUACGCUGCAUCAAUACACACACGUAGAUAUAUAAAUAUAUAUAUUUCUAUAUACAAAUAUACAUAUCAAGUGAUCAUGACUGUCAACGAGACACGUAUCAGCAUUGCUGAGCGCAGACGGCGAGUGUGUAUUAUUGGUGCCGGUGCGGGGGGAUUGAUCUCAUGCAAGGAAUUGAUUGACCAAGGUCUAGAGGUCGUGGUGUAUGAAGCAGCGGAGUGUGUUGGUGGCACAUGGGUAUUGCGUGACCAGGAUGGAGGUACAAGUACAAGUUAUAGUUCAACGGGUUACGGUAACCGAGGACUGGAUGUAAAUCAGCAUUCGUCCAUGUAUGAUGCAUUACACACGAAUCUGCCCAAAGACCUGAUGAACAUACCUGGUUUCACAAUGGGAGAUGAUCACACUGAGCGGUAUCCCCAUCGCACUGUGGUCAGAGACUACUUACAGGACUACUGCGAUGUAUGUGGUUUGGCUGCGCAUAUCCAGUUCAACACCACCGUGACCCGCGCGGAGUACAUGGGAAGUAGUGUUGCAUGCAAAGACGCAGAAAUACACAAACUAUACUACUGCGACAGACAGUGGAGUGUGCAUCUCCUCACCAAUGUAGAUGGAGUUAUCGAGGAGCGCGUAGAACGCUUCGACGCCAUUGUCAGUGCGAAUGGGCACUACUCACAGCCGCGGCUGCCCACAGGGAGUCUAGGCCAGCAACUGAAGUCACACUACACGGGGAGUGUUAUACACAGCCACCGCUAUAGACGGCCCAAUGGAUAUGAGGGAAAGGAUAUCGCAUUCCAACCAACCACCACGCAAUGUUCACUUCACCACAACGGUGACUAG